AUGGAACGGAAAGCCAAACAGCGCUUCGUGCUGUACUGGUUUGAUGCAGACAAUGCACCUGUGCUGAUGCAAUGGGUCAUGCACUGCCCAUAUUUCCCUCAGUACCAGCUCUCAGGUGAUCCUGCACUUGUUGCAUCCCUUGGCGACAAUAUCCUCAAGAUCGAUGUUUUUGAGGAACGCUUCAUGCGGUGGAUUCCUUCUGCACUCACAUACCCCUUCACCCUUGACUCGCGGUGUCAUAUCUUCGUUCGACGCCACGGUGUCACCGACUGCAGUGAUUUCGAUGAUCUCUUCAAGUCCUCAAAGCUGGUGGCUCGCCCCACACACAUGCGCUUCAACAUGAAAGGUGAGCGUGAUAGUUUGCGCAAGAUGAACAAGCAGCGACAGGCAUCUGCUGCUGCUUCCUUGUCGGAUGUCGAGAUCAUUGACGACACGCAGCUCACACCAAAACCCACCUUGGGCAAAGGCCGCCGUCUCACUACCCCACCACUAUCCCCCACUCAACUACUAUCCGACUCAGACAAUGAUUUUGACACUCGUCUCGCUCGCUCAAUGUUGCCAACACCACCGCUCAUCAUGUCAUCAUCAUCCUCACCCGUCAAGUCAAUGCCGCGCGUCAUUCCUGCGCCAGCUCUCCGUGUCAUUCCUGUUCAUAUUCCGAUCUACAACCCGGCCAAGCCACGACAGAGGUGGCCACAUGGAAUGUACACGGUUGAUAUGGCCAUUGGCUUUCAGCAGAUGGCCAUCCCAAAGCUUUGCGGCUUCUAUGGCCAGGAGCAGCUUUUUCGUCUGAUCUUUGGCGACACUCCAUUUGUCAAGACCACGUACCAUGAUAAUCACAAGGCAUGGCGCAAGACAGACCUGACUGUCCUCGAGACACACAAACUCACUGGAUGCACUGAAGAUGGCCUCUUGGCAAACUACCUUGCAGCAUGGCGUGCAGCCUUGUGUCUGGGCAGCAAGAAACGUAGUGGGCGGAAGUAA